UUAACCGGAAGUGUUUAUUAUCCGGUGUCUCAAUUAAUUUUUACUUCCGGUAGCGUCCAAGUAAACAACAUGGCACUAAGAUUAACAACAAAAGUUUUUCAACCUAUGAGGAUUCUUGGAGUUCGAGCCAUGUCGGGAGAUAUGGGCAGUGGUGCAGGAAAGGGUGGAGGCAGUGGUGGCUCAAUCCGUGAUGCUGGCGGCUCGUUCGGCAAGAUGGAGGCUGCGCACGAGGAGCAAUAUUUCCGAAAAUUGAGAGAUGAACAGCUGAAAGCUUUCAAGAAAAACGUUGACGAACAGAAAGACUUUCAUGAAGAUGAAAUCAGAAAACAUCAGGAGGCGAUAGCUCGACAUAAGAAACAGCUUACAAAGUUAGAUGAAGUGGAUGGUUCAGACUCCAACUAGAUUCCAGAACACCUCGUUGACUUUUGCUCUCAAGUGCUAAACAGUUUUAGGUUGACGGUUUAAAGAUUAAUAUUGUUUUGUACAUCAGGAUAUGUUUCUGAAAAAGAUGGUUAUGACCUCAUUGUAUAAUGUGUGAUGUUAGAGUCAUUUGUGGGUACAGCUAUUACUGUAAUACAAUAGUUCCCUCGAUGAGAAAGAUUGUUAGGAUUAUCUUUUUAGGAUAAAUACAACUUAAAUAAGAAAUAAUACAAGUUUUGAGUAAUACAAUUGAAAGCUUUUUUUUAAUUAUUUGAAAAAUGAUUCUGAUGAUUUCUUCAUGUGUCAGGAGGCAUUAAGUAUGUGUGCUGUAUUUGGUUUGAGUUUUUCUUUGAAAUUGAUUAUUAUUAUUUUUCAUUGAGAGAAUAUGUUGUAGAAUAAAUUAUGAACUUUCUAAAAUAA